UGCGGUGUUGGAGAAAAAAGACACAAACUCAUGAAAGGAUCUGAGAACAAUUCAGGACAGUGUAUGAUGUCACCCACUCUUCGGAGCAUCUCAUUGACCAGAAGGACCCAUCCAGGGAAAGGUCCCCAGGGCACAGCCAGGACCCUUAUGGAUGGAGGGGCAGUUGCAGGACCACAGAUCCAGCUUCCUAUCGCAGUAAGAGGAGGCAUUGCCUAAAAGUCAGAGCCAUGCCACAGUGAGAUGGACUGCCCUGCAGGAUGCUUAGUGUGUAUCAUUUAUUUACUCACACCUGCUCAGUGCCCAGCACUGGGGCUAGAACUGGAUGCAGCAACUCCAGGACCUCCCAGUCUAUUAGACAGAGGAGUCAAUAGACACCUGGAACACAGCACUGCUGAGGACGAGGAUCAAAGGUACCGCAGACUCGCCCUUAAGCACCACCCGUUGAAGUCAAAUGAGCCGUCUUCAGCAGAGAUUUUCAGGCAAAUAGCAGAGGCCUACGACGUGCUGAGUGACCCCAUGAAGAGAGGCAUCUACGACAAGUUUGGAGAAGAGGGCCUGAAGGGUGGGAUUCCUUUGGAGUUUGGAUCCCAGACCCCAUGGACAACCGGUUACGUCUUCCACGGCAAACCUGAAAAGGUGUUCCACGAGUUCUUUGGUGGAAACAACCCCUUCAGUGAGUUUUUUGAUGCAGAAGGAAGUGAGGUAGAUUUGAACUUUGGGGGGCUCCAGGGCCGAGGGGUCAAGAAGCAGGACCCCCAAGUCGAACGGGAUCUCUACCUGUCCCUGGAGGACUUAUUCUUUGGCUGCACCAAAAAAAUUAAGAUCUCCAGAAGGGUGCUGAACGAGGAUGGGUACUCCUCCACCAUCAAGGACAAGAUCCUGACCAUUGACGUGAAGCCCGGUUGGAGGCAGGGCACACGCAUCACCUUUGAGAAGGAAGGGGACCAGGGCCCCAACAUCAUCCCAGCAGACAUCAUUUUCAUCGUAAAGGAGAAGCUACACCCUCGCUUCCGCAGGGAGAAUGACAACCUCUUCUUCGUGAACCCCAUCCCUCUUGGCAAGGCUCUCACCUGCUGCACUGUGGAGGUGAGGACCCUAGAUGACCGUCUGCUCAACAUCCCCAUCAAUGACAUCGUCCACCCCAAAUACUUCAAGAAGGUGCCAGGGGAGGGGAUGCCAUUGCCGGAGGACCCCACUAAGAAAGGGGAUCUCUUCAUCUUCUUCGACAUCCAGUUCCCCACCCGCCUCACCCCCCAGAAGAAGCAGAUGCUGCGCCAGGCAUUGCUGACAUGACUGUGGUGGGCUGGAGCAGGGGUGAGAGGAGGCUAGCCGGGCCUCACCCCACCCCUACUCGCCACAGCCUCAGGGUGUGCAGGGGAGCCUGCUGCACAGAUAUGAUACCAGGGUGGGAUGGCGCAGGGCUUAAACUGACAUAAUAAAGAUCUAUUUCCUGUCCUCCAGCUA